AUGUCGAGCCACGAGGCGUGCUGCGGGACCAUGUUCUGGGUGUACCUGCUGUCCUGCGCGGGGCUGGUGAUGUUCGCGGGGCUCAUGUCGGGGCUCACCCUCGGCCUCAUGUCGCUCAGCCUGGUGGACCUGGAGGUGCUGGCCAAGGCCGGCACCCCGCAGGACCGCCGCAACGCCGCCCGGAUCCUCCCCGUCGUCACCAACCAGCACCUCCUCCUCUGCACGCUCCUCAUCGGCAACUCCCUCGCCAUGGAGGCGCUCCCCAUCUUCCUCGACUCCCUCCUCCCCUCCUUCGGCGCCAUCCUCAUCUCCGUCACCCUCAUCCUCGCCUUCGGUGAGAUCAUGCCGCAGGCCAUCUGCACGCGCUACGGCCUCAGCAUGGGGGCCAAGGCAGCGCCCAUCGUCCGGGUGCUCCUCGUCGUCUUCUUCCCGGUGGCAUACCCCAUCAGCAAGCUGUUGGACUGGCUAUUGGGAAAGGGCCAUGUUGCACUUAUGAGGAGAGCUGAGCUAAAGACAUUGGUUGAUAUGCACGGCGAUGCGGCUGGAAAAGGUGGAGAGCUGACUCAUGAUGAAACUACUAUCAUUGCAGGAGCAUUGGAGAUGACUCAAAAGACUGCAAAAGAUGCCAUGACUCCCAUAUCUGAAACCUUCUCACUUGACAUAAAUGCCAAGCUGGAUGUGCAUACGGUGGGUAUGAUAAUGACCAAAGGGCACAGCCGUAUUCCUAUAUACUCUGGAAGACCAAGCAAUAUCAUCGGUCUUAUAUUGGUAAAAAACUUGCUUACUUGCCGACCUGAGGAUGAGGUGCCCACUAGACAUGUUACUAUCAGAAAAAUUCCAAGGGUGGCUGAUGAUCUUCCUCUCUAUGACAUUCUAAAUGAGUUUCAGAAAGGUCACAGCCACAUGGCUGUGGUUGUUAAACGCACUAAAGAAGGAGCAUCUGUUGAAAAGAAUAACAGUUUUACAGCAGAUUAUAAAAUGACCAAUGGACAUGCUCAUGCUGAUGGUCUGGGUCUGUCACCCUCACAUGUCAACACUCCCGGAAGUCGUCGAAAUAACAAUGACAAAUACAGUAAGAAAAUUGAAAGAAAACGGGACAACAUUCUUGAUUUUAACACCGAUCCACUUCCUCACUAUUCAAUGGAUGAGGAAGCGGUGGGAAUAAUUACAAUGGAAGAUGUCAUGGAGCAGCUGCUGCAGGAAGAUAUCUUGGAUGAGACAGAUGAGUAUGUUGAUGUGCAUAACAAGAUCAAAAUAAACAUGUUACCGCCAGGCAAAUCAUUGUCGCCUCUUAUAUCUCCUAGUGGUGGACCUCUGUCUCAAGGACAAAGAAAGACCCCUAUGGCUUCUCCGCUGUCGCCAUACCAUAAUGGCGGCUCCAUCUUACGUUCCCCUGCUGCAAACCAUGCUCGAUCCCCUGGGACUUUACCGACAGCCUUUUCUCCUGGGAGGUCACCGGCAUCUCAAACCCCCGUGCGCAGUUCGCCGACUUCAAGUCUCGAGGAAUUCGUACCGAAAUCCGUAGAAAUGGUGGUGAGAGCUAAUGCCAAAGAGCUCCAGGGGCAACAAUCCCAGUUGAGAUCACUCCCAAGAUCAAAUGAAGGCAUUGAAGAGUGUAGGGGUCAAAGAAUGAAGACCCCACAGCUCUCUGCUUUGUUGCUGGUCCUUGUUUAUUUAUGA